CACCCCCUCCACCCACACCCACCCAUCCACCUCUACCCACAUACAUACACGCAUACAUAGGCAUGCUUCGGUUCACACUCAUCCACCGCGUGUCUGAUGGCAACCCUCUGUGUGAGACCAUUGACGAGGGUGACCGAACGGUGCAAAAGACGCUCGCGCAGUGCAAGACGGAUGCAAAGGCAGUGAUGGCAAAGCUGGGCGGAUCAAACUCGGGAGGCGUUGGGAGCUACUCGGGAGGUGCCACGAGCAAGACUUCUGAUCAGCAUGGGAGUGUGGAUACGAGAAAGGGCUUCUGCUUCCACUACCUUCGCCGGGAUGACGUGGUGUAUCUCACUUGCGCAGACAAGGGCUUCAAGUCUGAGCUCGCCCUUCACUUUCUCCACACUGCUGCUGAUGACUUUGCUGGCCGUUAUCCUGCCACUGCCGUAGCCGACGCCAUGCGCCCGUUUGCUUGCAUCGACUUUGAGCCGACGCUCGCCAAGGCGCAGACACGCUACAACCGCGACGCGGCCGAUGGCAACCCGCAGAAUCAGCAGCGGAUCUCAGAGAUGGAGGCCAUCAACUCGGAACUCUCCGAAGUCUCGCACCUCAUGUCACAGAACAUCGAGGACGUCCUGCUCCGCGGCGAGGGCCUCGACUCGGUCUUUGAAAAGUCGCAGCGCCUCCGCCACUCUUCGUCCAAGUUUGCCAAGCAGACCAAGUACCUCAACUGGCUGGCCAAGUGGCGGACCUACGGCCCCUUUGCCGCCGUCGCCGUCCUUGUUUUCUUCUUCAUCUACAUUCGCAUGUAUUGGUUUUAGCACCCGCCGCCAGCGGCUAGCUUUGGCUGCAGACUAGGCUUCUUGCUGCUGCUCUUGCCACUUAGAUCUCGCGGUACGCAUCGGCGCUCUGCUUGACAAGGAACGCCAGCCCGGUCGACGCAAUGUACAGCAUGCCCGCAAUGAAGCAGAAAAAGUACGAAUA